GCCACGCUAAAAGACAAAAGUCUGAUGAUAUAUCCAUGGAUGACGUGGAUUCCGUGUUGGGGUCUGAGCUAGGAGACUUUGUAAAGCAAGAUCAUUCGAGAUGGCAGCAUAUUGUGGAAAAAGUCGUCAAAUCUGUGGUUUCGAUCCACUUUGCUCAAGUGGUGAACUUUGAUACCGAGAACGCUCUUUGCAGUGAGGCAACGGGAUUUGUUGUUGACGCAAAACUGGGAAUAAUUUUGACUAAUAGACAUGUCGUUGGACCAGGGCCCUUUAUUGGAUAUGCCGUGUUUGAUAACCAUGAAGAAUGCGAGGUCAAACCAAUCUACAGGGAUCCCGUGCACGACUUUGGAUUUCUGAGAUAUAACCCAGCAGAUAUAAAAUACAUGGAUGUUGGUGAAUUACAGUUAAGGCCAGAUCUUGCCAAGAUCGGAGCAGAAAUAAUGGUCAUAGGCAACGAUUCGGGUGAAAAACUUUCUAUACUUUCCGGUUUUAUCUCACGACUUGACAGAAAUGCCCCAGACUAUGGUAUUAACUCAUACAACGACUUCAACACAGAAUAUUUGCAAGCAGCAGCUUCGGCUUCGGGAGGGUCCUCGGGUUCCCCCGUUGUCAAUAUAGAUGGCCAUGCGGUGGCUUUACAAGCAGGAGGUAAUACAGAAACCUCUACAGACUUUUUUCUGCCUGUGUAUCGAGUUCUUCGCGCUCUGAAAUGCAUCCAGAAUAACGAGCCUAUUACGAGAGGAAGUAUUCAAGUUCAAUGGCUAUUGGAACCUUUCGAUAAAUGUCGCCGGCUGGGACUUCGCGCAGAGACAGAAAAACUGAUGAGAGAAAAGUUUCCGAGUCUCAAUGGUCUUCUGGUCUCUGCUGUCACGUUACCUGAAGGCCCUGCUGAUGGGCUAAUAAGAGAAGGUGAUUGUUUGAUAUCUAUCAACGGAGAGUUGAUAUCUACAUUCAUCACUGUGGACGAAAUUCUGGAUACUCAUGUCGGCAAAGAGAUUGAGAUAGUCAUUCAGAGAGGCGGCAAAGAUUUAACUGUUCGCUGUACUGUUGGAGAUCUUCACUCAAUUACACCCAGAAGGUACGUCACCGUUUGCGGUGCGACUUUCAAUGAUCUGAGUUACCAACUCGCUAGAAUUUAUGCAGUGGCAGUGAAAGGUGUUCACGUGAGCAAUGCCGCUGGCUCUUUUGUGUUGGGCACCAAUGUUCCUAAUGGAUGGCUCUUGGACUCGAUUGACGAUAAAGAUGUGUCUAAUCUCGACGAAUUCAUCGAGGUUAUGAAAUCAAUCCCGGACUCUGCUUUCGUGACCGUCAAGUGCCGCCAUCUUACGGACCUUCAUGUCCCAAUUAUCAAAAUCGUCCAAAUCGAUCGCCACUGGCACUCUAGUUUCCGUUUAGCAGAAAGAAACGACACGACUGGUCUUUGGGACUUCACAACUCUGCAAGAGAAACCAUUACCACCACCGGCUCUGUCCCCGAAAAAUGCUAAAUUUGUGGGGCUUCCGAUCGAAUUUGAAGGUUGUAAGCAACUCGAUCGUUCUUUGGUGAUGUUAAAGAGCACCAUGCCUGUCCCGCUGGAUUCGUUCAGUGGACAGUCUCGCAAGUCGUAUGCCGUUGUGAUUGAUGCUACCAACGGAUAUCUUCUUGCUUCGAGGUACUGUGUGCCUCAUGACCUCCUGGACGUUACUAUGACCGUUGCAGAAUCGAUCAUAGUACCAGCUAAGGUUGUCUUUUUACACCCAACCAAGGGAUAUGCCAUUUUGAAAUACGAUCCCAAACUAAUUUUGGCUCCUUUGCAAACUCCCCAAUUCUGCGAGAAGCCUUUGGGAAGAGGUGACAAAGUGGUGUUUAUUGGUCACAACAGAGCCCAAAGGGUGGUUGUUGACGAAACAAAAGUUAGUGACAUUGGGAUCAUACAUCUUCCGAAUAAUGUCACCUCCCCCAGAUUCAAGGCCUCCAAUUUCGAAGCCCUGCUAAUUGACUCUAACUUAGGCCAGCAAUGUGGUUCUGGCGUUCUCUGUGACCCCAGUGGGCUGGUCCGUGCGUUUUGGCUCGCCUUCGACGCGGACGAAGACAAGACCUAUUCCAUGGGGCUGGACGCUACAGAUGUGCUCUGGGAACUCGAAAACCUCAAAACCCAGCAGGUCCCGGAACUCAAAUUCAUUGAUGCUGAAUUUGGUAACAUCCCUAUCGUUAAUGCUAGAAUCAGUGGUGUUCCGCAGGAGUGGAUCACAAAAAUUGAAGAAAAGUCUGCAGAUCAACCCAGACUGCUCAGCGUUCCCAAGGUUAGCAUUUCACUCGAUAACAAACCCUCCUGCGGUCUCAGACAUGGAGAUAUUGUGCUGAGUGCAAAUAAUCGAGUCAUCACACAAUUUCGUGAUAUUGACCAUGUUAUCCGAGACCUCGACGAGAAUGUAAACGAGAUUUCGUUCAAAAUCGUCAGAAACAAGCAAAUCAUGGACAUCAAUGUUCCUUUGGUUUUGAGUAGCUCCUUUGUCACUAAGCACGUGGUCUAUUGGGCCGGUGCCGUGUUACAGGAGCCUCAUCAUGGUGUAAGACAAGUGAUCAAACAGCUACCUUCUAAAGUUUAUUGUACGGCCAUGGCGCCAGGAUCUCCCUCCAGAUUAUACACCAUUGGUGUCACCAAUUUCAUCACGCAUGUUAAUGAAAAACCAACACCCACAUUGGACGAGUUUGUUAAGGUCGUGAAAGAAAUCAAAGACAAUUCAUAUUGCAAGUUAAGAAUCGUGUCUUUUGACAACGUCCCAUUUGCACAAACGCUCAAAGUCAACUACCACUACUUUGAGACGGUGGAGAUGAAAAACGAGGAGGGGUGGCAUGAAUACGGUGAGCUGGACUCCUCCUCUUUGCAUGCAUAGAUCAAUCGCUCAUAAGAUUGCAGUUCGUCAGUAAUUCGUUUGUAUUAAUUUUUGUAUAUACAGAUCUGGUGAUUGUUUCACAGGUAGGGCAUUAGACGCUUGAGCUGCUUCUCUUGGAUAUGGUUAGCGUAGGUAAUUCCAGUUCUCCUCUUCAAGAUGCUGUGCGGGUGGCCAGCGUUUCCGUGUUUGCGGCCCUGCAAUCCACGCUUGUAGCCAGUGCCUGUCUUACGCCAUCUUUUGUAAGUGGCACGGUGCGUCUUCGCAAGUCCACGGGUCAGUUGUGGAAAUGAAAAUUGGACCAACGGGCGAAAAAGCGAAAACAUGAAAAUGGAUGGACAAAAUUUUACGAAUUUUAUAUAAUUUAUUCGCUCUCCGAGGAAUAGCCAAGUUGCGACUGAAUGGAGUUUUUUGGAGAACAUGACACUUGACUUCUUUGGUGGCUAAGAGACGUCUCCUUUUGUGAGCGAGUUUUAGGAAUCCGGCCUGCGGUGUCAGAAUUGCUGUCUGGCAGCUGAGCGCGAUCAGA